AUGAAUUUGGAAGAAUACUUAUCUACUAGAAUGUAGGAGAUGUCCAAGUUUUAUAAUCAGCUAAAUAUCCCAAUAUGUAUGUAAUGUUUAUAUGAAAAGAAGAUGAUAUAAAGUGUAAUGUUUAAGUUAAAGAAUAACAAUUAGAUAAUAGAAGUUAAAAACAUUUUGAAUAAAAACAUGAUGUUUCAUAGAAUUCAUUUAUGAAUGAAUUUAUAGAGGAAACUUAAAAUCAGCAAAAUUAACACACAGACAUCUUUGAUGAAAUACCUAUAAAAGGUGCUUAAAAGUCAUUUGAAUAAUUAUUAUAAGAUUAAGGUAUUGUAUAAGAAGAGAAAAAAGAUAAGAAAGAAUUUUUAAAAAAGGGAACUAGAUAAUAUUUAUCUAAUGCAUAAACAAGAUCUGAAUUAUCAAAAAGAGAACAUUAAGAGAUAUUAAAAAUGAAUAAUGAAAAUGCAACAGAAUAAUAAUAAUAAUAAUAAUAACCAAAGAAAUUACCAGUUCAUUUUUUAUAAAAAGGUAAAGGUAAAUAAUGUACACAAAAAGUAAAUGAUUCAAUAUUAGAUCAUACUAAAAAUGAUGAAAGUAUUAUAUAAUAAAAUGAUGAUAAAAAUGAAUUAAAGAAAGAGAAAUAAUAAUUAGAAUAAUAAUAAAAAGAAUUAUAAAGAUUAAAAAUUCAAUAAUAAAAAUAAUUAGAAUAAGAAAAAUAGGAAUUUGAAAAAUGGAAAGAAGAAGAAAAGAAAAAAAUUGAAAGAAUAACAAAGAAACAUUAUACUAUUCAAUAAUAAAGAUAACAAUAAUUAACAACUAAAUAAUUAGAAGAAUUAGAUUUUCUUAGAAAAAAAGUGGCUUAAUAAAAUGAGGAAAUAAAGGAAUUAAAAUUAUAAUUAGAGAAAUAAUAAUAAUAAAUAUAAUAAUAAUAAUUGAACAAUACUUAAAAUACAAGUACUCAUAAUAUAAACAAAUUGAUUGCCUAAUCAUCUCCUCCAUAAAGUAAUUAUUCAACUAAAGCAUCUAUUGCUUCAGAAAAUAAAGUAAAUUCAUAUGCAAUGAUGCAUAAUAAAUAAGGUUGUAUAAAUGAAGAAGAAGAAUUUGAAUCUUAAAAUGGAGAUGAUCAAAAUAGUUAUCAAAAUGGAGAUAGUUAUGAAUAAGAGAAAAUUAAGAUAGAUUUAAUAUAGUUAAAAAAUUAACCUAAUAUUUCAAUUGAUAUGAUUAAUGAUUUAAUAGAUGAAUCAGAGUUUGAAUUUCAAAAUAAUAAAUACUAUGGAUAAUAUUUAGAUUAUUUGAAACAUGAUGAUAAAGUCAUUUAAUAAAAUUAAUCUGCAGAUGGAAAAAUUUCAAGAACAUAUUAAAGUGGCAAAAAAGAAGUUGUAUUCAAUAAUGGAGUUAAACGAGAAGUAUUUUCAAAUGGAUUUACUAUUGUUCAUUUUACUAAUAAUGAUAAAAAAUAAACUCUACCUGAUGGUACUAUAGUUUACUAUUUUGGAUAAGCUAAAACUACUUAAAUUACAAUUUAAAAUGGACCUUAAGUAUUUUUAUUUAAUAUUAAUAUAUAUAGAUCUAUAGAUUUUCAAAUAAUUAAAUAGAAAUUCAUUUCUAAAAUGGUGAGAAACAAAUAAGAUUCUCUGAUGGUACUAAAAAGUAUAUAUAUCCUAAUGGAGAAGAAGAAACCUUGUUUAGUGAUGGUAUAUUCUAAAAAGUAGAUGUAAAUAAGGUUAAAUAUAUUGAAUAUCCUGAUGGUAAAAUUGAGAUUACCCAUCCAGAUGGCAGAAUAGAAAACUAAUCUCCAAAAAAAUAAAAUUAUUGA